GCUGCAGCCAAUUAUGCAAAGCAUGCCUUUCUCAGAUGCAGGUGGUAGCUAAAGUACUCAGGGCCCUAUUAAAUCCCACUCCACUUCCUCCCUUACCUUCACUGAGCUCAACUGUAAUUAAUAGGCCACCUGACUGCAGGCGUUCAGCUUGAACAAGCCCUUUGGUUUGCACAGCUGUGGUGAACCAUGAGAGAGGAGAAAUGGUUGAUCACAGUCCGUGUUAUUUUUUAAUACAUGCUCUUAUGGAUCAUUUAUUGCCCGUGGUUUGGCUUAGACUUCAAUUUGUCCUGCCCUUGCUGACUCUUGUAAGCGUCAGCUGUUCUGGAAUAAGAUAGCUGAGAUUGAUAAUGAUCCUUGUUGAGGCCUGCCUCUCUCAGCCCCGUCUGACCCUAUAGUAAAGUGACACCACCAGACACUAUCUGCGAUCAAGAGGGAGCAGCGCAUCAUAGCCUGUUCGGGUGUGAGGGGCCACCGAGAGAGAGAGAGAGUGUGAGACUUGGAGGUAUAGGCUUCCACUGACUGCUUACGGAGUAUAUUGGUCAACAUUAACAGAAGAUGGAUGAUAUGAAUGGCUUCAUCAUCAAUUAAAAAUGACAUGAUCUAUACAGUAUGUAUCACUAUACUGUAUUGUGUAAUUAGAUAUCAUGAUAUACUGUAUUAUAGAGGUUGUUGUAUUGUUUUGGCUCAUUGCAACUUCUACCUGGAACGUCAUUGACCUUGACAGCCUAUAGCCUCCGUUAGAUUAUAUUGUGUCCAUGACUCAGACCUGUUUGUUUGCUUUCCCCGUCUCUCUAGAGACCACGAGACAGGGAGGUGAAGGAGAAAUGGUGUAAUGCACCUUUAACAGUAGAGGUCCUAGAAACUGCAGCUGGCUUAACUAGAUUAGAGUUAAUUCGAUUGGAGGACGUCUUGUGAUGGCUCUGUAGAUGUGCCCUAAUCAGCAGGAGGACAAGGAGGAUGAGAGGGAUGAAGGCUCACAUUUAACAUUCAUAUAUGGACAAUGGUGUGGCCUUUGUCUCUGUUAUAAGCCAAGUCAGAGUGAGAGGACUCCAUACAAGGAGCCAAGAGGUCCGUUUGGAUUCGUAUUCCACAGAUCGUUUUCUUGCCCAACACCAUGACGGAACACCAGGAGCAGAAUGACGAGGGAGUCCUCAUCUCAACACAGGACCUGGAGACCUCAAAACACCAGGAUACUCAAGGAGGCCAUCCACAGUUCAGGUUGAUUGACGACCUGUCAUAUGAAGAUGUGAAGAAAUGCUACAGGGGUUCGUCUGUGUCUUGCAGUGGGGUCCGCCACGCCGUCGAUGUGUGUGUGUGUGUGUGCGGCUGUGUGUGCGGCUCCAGCAUGCUGAGUCUGGUGCAGCAGAGCUCUCGUCCUCUGAGAGAGAGGGCGGCCGGCGGUUUGCCGGUGCCGGUGGGAGGGAGGCCAGCCAAGGAACUGCUCAUGACUCUGCCCUGUCCCUCUGCUCAGACUGUCAGCAAGUACAACUCGCAGUACCACAAACUCUUCCAGUGCGUUCCGAAGGACGAGAUCCUAAUGAAAGUAUACUCCUGCGCUCUGCUCCGAGACAUCCUGCUGCAAGGACGUCUUUAUAUCUCCAGGAACUGGCUGUGUUUCUAUGCCAACCUCUUUGGCAAGGACAUCAAGGUUGCUAUCCCCGUGGUCUCUGUGAGGCUGGUAAAGAAGCACAAAACAGCAGGUCUGGUGCCCAACGGCUUAGCCAUCACCACAGAUACCAGUCAGAAGUAUGUCUUUGUGUCUCUGCUAUCCAGGGACAGUGUGUAUGAUGUGCUCCGGAGGAUCUGCACACACCUUCAGGUCAAUGGGAAGAGUCUGAGCUUGAAACACUACAUGGAGGUUCCCCAUACCUUAUCUCUGGAUGAGUUCCCGGUGGCGGAUGAGUUCCCGGGGGCGGAUGAGUAUCCUCCGGUGCUGAAGUGGAGGAGAAAACCCUCUGUGGUGUCCGUGUCCUCGUCCCUCCCUGACCUCCUGGGUAGCUCCACCGGUAGCCUGACUGCGGUGGACUCCUCCUUCCAGACAGACCAGCCUCUGGAAGAUCGGGGCUUAGAGACAGAGAAGAUCCUACUAACAGAGCCUGUUCCAGAGCUGGGCCCGAUGGAAUAUCAGCUUCUCAAGUUCUUCAUCAUACUAAUCAUCCUCCUCAUCCUGUCUUCCUGUUACCUGGCCUUCCGUGUCUGCAGCCUGGAGCACCAGCUGUCCUUCCUCAACAACCCAACACGCCCCCCUCGAGAGAGGAUUUUACUUCACUGUAGACAACUCCACCGUUUUGUUGUAGGUCAAAGACAAUGGCAGGUGAAAGACAAUGGGCAGGCUGAUUGAAGAGCCAGAAAACUACACUCAAACCAAUUGUGGAUGGACUGAAAAGCCCGGGAUUGGUGGAAAUGGCUGGGAGUCAGGACUGGGAAGGACUCUGAUUGGUCUGAUGGUUUUAAUGGAAGAUUUCUGGACAUGUUCGCCAACAUUAGAGUCAACUGUGUUUUUUCCCUCCUGUCAACUCAACCAGGAAUGAACUACAGGACUUCAGAGAAAAGUCAGAACCAGUCGUCUUUCAGAAAUAUAUAUAUAUAUAUAUAUGGUACUUUCAAGGAAAGGAUUUGGAUGCAUUAACACACUGACAGUGGAAGAAGACAAUAUCGCUGGCUUUACAGAAUUUAAAUUUAACUUAUGAGGAUCAGUCUACUAUUUCAAAUGUUCAUCGUCAUCAAUGAAGUCUAACUAUGUUGCCAUUCUAACAGGCAUGUUAUUCCUGGAAAACGGUGCAAUACAAUUAUGCAAAAUAUCCAGCCUAGACUGACUUUUUAAAUGUUGAAAUAUUGUCCUUUAACUCUGUUUGUGUUAUCAUGACACCACAGGUAUAUGUUUACCAUAAUGGGUAGGAUGGUACUUUUUCAUGUCUGAAAAAUAUAGUUUAGUAUAACAUCUUGUCUUUUGUUUUAAUUUGUAUAAAUGCCAGUUGUCAGCUUUGUAUUGUAAGCUACCUUUAGCCAGACACAAUGUGUCACAGUGAGUGAUCAGUCUCCUAUGUAAAUACUGAACACAGUCGUCUGAAUGACUAAACAAUGAAGACAUUGACUGAAGUGAACUUAAAGUGAACAGAUUAAACUUAAAAGUUCAAUCUGCAUUUCAGUCGGGAAGAAAACUAGCCAAAGAUGUAUAGUCCUUUUACUCAGAAUGUCUGAACAGAUGCAUUAGGAACAAACACACCCCACUUUGAUUAUUACAGUAAUAUUGUUGAGGAAACAGAGCUGCAGUAUGUAGGGUAUACUUUACUACUGUACCCAUCAGUAUGUCUUAUCUGGUCUGUUUUGGGUCUAAACACAUCUGCAGCUAUGUAAUAGUGGUCACUGAUCUUCAGUCAAUGGUGAAAGAACAAACUGUCCCUGUAGACUCUGAGAACAGAUGAAUCCUGUAGCACCCCUGAACAACCCAUUACAGGACUAACACUGUACAACAUAACUGUGAAGGUUACUAAUAAACAGCCAUUUGAUCUUGA